AUGAAUCAGGAUUACAUUGGUUUAUUGCCAUGUGCUAUUGCUAGCCAUGAGCGUGGCUCUUCUGAAUGUCACUUGACAACCUACACUCCCAACAAAGGCUUGAAGUUUCUAAAACAGUAUAGUGCAGAAGAUCAAACACUGAUAGCAAGGCGAAGUGAACUGAACUUGGAUGGAGAAUCUCAAAAGACAUGCCAUAUAAAGCGAAAAAAUUUGCGACCAAUCACAAUAGCUACUGCAGAGAAAAUGUCAGAUAUGCUGAAAGUCAGUAUUAGGCCUGGCCAAAAGUUGUGCACAUCAUGCAGAAAGGAAUUCGACAGUGAGCAGGUAAGUGAGUCCAGCUCUGCUGACUCUGAUGGUCCUGCUGAUAAUAUGGAAAUCUGUGAAAGUGUAAACACAAGUUUAUCAGUAUUAGGCAUCUUACCUAUUAAAUAUCAACGAGUAAGGGAUAAGCAUGGUUAUGCAAAGCGUAAGAUUAGCCAAGCACAGGAAAUAAUUGCCAAACAGAUUGCUACAAUUGGAAAUAUUGAUAGCCAAAACCUGUUGGUACCAACCUCUAGCCAACAGUGCACAAAUUGCCAAGACUUCAAUAAACUCAUUGAAGAAAUGAAUCUGAAGUUCCAUGUAGCAAAGCGCCAAGAAAAUAUACAAACCCUAACCCUCGUGCCACAAAGCUGGCCUAUCAAAAAGACAAUGGAGCAAUUCAAAGUUUCAGAAUACAAGGGAAGCUAG